UGGUUUCCCGAGCCACCACCGCCCUCACCAACUGCACGUUCCGCGGCAACAGGGCGGCCAACCAGGCAGGGGCGCUGCACUUCAUGCCGUACGGCCCGCUCACAGUCACCAACUGCUCCUUCCACAACAACUCGGUGCUGCUGGCUCAAGGCGGGGCCAUCAAUGUCUACCCGGGCAUGUCACCUGUGGACAUAACAAGCAGCCGGUUUGAGGGAAACACGGCGGGGCUAUCCCGGGGAGGUGCCAUCUACAGUGAGAGCACGGAGAUGCGCUUAACUGACGUGCUUUUCAAGGGGAAUGAGGCUGGCUUGCAAGGAGGGGCCGUCACAGCCUACGGGGCGGAAUCCGAAGGCAAGCCCGCCACAAUGACCUUCACCAGAUGCACCUUCCAGGGCAACCGGGCGGCGCUGGGGGGAGGUGCUAUCUACUCGGGGCUGAGUGUGGGCAUGCGCAUGGAGGGGAGUCAAGUCGAGGAGAACGAGAGUGCUGGCACGGGAGGGGGAAUACUCAUACAAGAGUUCUCCAGAUUGACUAUGGCGGAUUGUGACUGCAAGAACAACAGUGCAUCCACAGGGGGCGGCUGUCUCUCCCUGCUAGCCAACGCCACGGCCCGCCUCUCCUCCUCGCGCCUCCACCUCAAUCUCGCCACCAGCGAAGGCGGAGCCGCCCGCAUCAGCGGUGCAGCCACUCUCUCUCUGCUCUCCUGCAACGUCUCUCAGAACACCGCCCCCUGGGGAGGCGCCGUGUGGGUGGAAAUGGAGGCAAGGCUACAAGCGGAAAACAGCACAGUGUUUUCUGGUAACCGCGCGGACUAUAUGGGGGGCGUGGUCUACGCGACGCAUGUUUCCGUCGUGACUGUAUCGAAUAGUUCUUUUCUCGGGAAUAACGCGCUGCACGGCGGGGCGAUCGCGGCCGAAGCAGAGGCGAAUGUAUCGGCAGUUGAUUCGGCGUUUUCUGGGAAUGUGGUUUCGGCAGUGCUGCUGCAGGGGUUGGCAGGUGGGCGCUUCACCAGAUGUACCUUCACCAGGAACAGGAAUCCGGCGGGGACAGGUGGCGCGCUGCGAUUGGCCGACGGGGUCGCUGCGGUGGUGGAAGGGAGCAGGUUCGAGGGGAACGUGGCUGAGCUGGGCGGAGGCUUGGCGGUGGAUGGACAGGCUCGGUUGGUCCUAACCUCAGGUUCGGAAUUCAGUGGGAAUUCCGCGCAGGUGGGAGCAGGGGCGGCGUUUGUAGGGACGGCGGUUGUGAAUGUAUCCGGAUGUGCUUUUAAUGGGAACAAUGCGAGUGUGGCGGGAGGGGGGAUGGCUGUGUUAGAGCAGGCGUCAGGGGGGGUGGGAGGGAGCGAGUUUAGUGGAAACUAUGCGGUGCUGGGCGGUGCAGGGGUUGCGCUGUACCGGCAGGCAGCAGCCUUCUUUGAAGCCACCACCGCCCACCGCCAGCUGCGCUCACUGUGUGAGGGGUGUGCGUUCCGAGGGGUGGGGGACACGCAAGGCACCAUGCCCGCUGGCUUCUCCAUUAAGGAGGAGGAUUCCAGCAUGGUGAAUGCGAGGGGGGAGGCGUUUGUGGUGCGGGCAGCAGUGGGGGCGCGCAUAGAGGGGCUGCAGGUUCUCGUCCUGGAUGCACUCAACCAGAGCGUGGCUCAGGACAGCACGUGGCCGGGCAGGGAGGAGGAUUCAAGCAUGGUGAAUGCGAGGGGCGAAACCUUUGUGGUGCGGGCAGCGGUCGGGUCGCGCAUAGAGGGGCUGCAGGUUCUUGUCCUGGACGCCUUCAACCAGAGCGUGGCGCAGGACAGCACGUCGCUGGCUGCUGUCUCGCCUGACAGCCGGAUUAGUGGCGACCUGAGGGGUACUGCUGUGAAUGGAAUUAUUACCAUCCCUUCGAUUGGCAUCCAGGUGACACCAGAGGAAGCCCAGUCAUUCGAGGUCACUUUGACCCUUUCGUCGCCGUCUAACGCCUUUCCCCCCGUCACCCGCGCUUUCAACAUCUCCUUCUGCUCCGCGGGCGAGUUUCUCAACGCGACUUCGCUCACGUGCCAGGACUGUCUAGUUGGCCACUGGUGCGAAGCAGGGCAGCCCAUGCAGCCUUGCCCAGACGGAUUCUUCUCCUUCUACCCGCGAGCCACCACCCCUGCCGACUGCACGGCCUGUGAUGACGACAACCUCGACUGCACAGACGGCAUCCUCACCGUGGGGUACCAGAGCUGGCUGGACCUGCAGUCACUGAAUAGCACGCCCACCACGUACAGCUGUCUGGUGGCGGAUGGGUGUGUGGGGUAUGAGUACAACGAGCAGUGGGGGCAGACCACCCCGCAGGGCGUCAUGAUUCAAUGCCAGCAGGGCUACGACGAGAGCAUCCCCACGUGUGCGGGGUGUGUGGACGGCUAUUUCCUCGUGCUGCAGCAGUGCACUCAAUGCAGUAGCACCCUCACAAGGGUCUUCCCCCUGCUUCUCAUCCUGGUCAUCCUAGCAUGGAUGGGAAUGAACAUUCUUGCCGACACAUUCAGCAGCAUGGACAUUUUUCUGAACGACCUCCAGCUGCUAGUCAUGAUCGCCUCUUUCAACCUCAACUACCCCGACCGAUGGGUGCAAACUCUCGUCAAGAUCUACAACUUCGCGGUUUUUGACCCGGAUGCCAUCGGCCCGCAGUGCAUAUUCAACUACACAUUCGUCUCCAAGUUCUACCUGGGCAUCUUCAUCCCCGUUAUAGGCCUCUUCGUUUACGCGCUGCUGUACGCGCGGCACCGCUGGUGGGGCGGCACCACCUGGUCGCACAUCUACUCGUUCCGCCAGGGUCCCAACCCACAGGCGCGCCUCAUGCGCUCGGUCACAAGGCGAAGAGCUUAUAACGAGUAUGAGAACUCGAUUGUCCACGCAUCGCUGAAGUGGCUGGACAUCUGCUACGUCUCCGUCAUGGUCCGCGUGCUCUCUGUGUACAAGUCAAUGACAGUGGGGGACGCAGUGCUAAUGGCAGCAGCACCGCAGAUCCCAUGGUUCUCAUCGGCGCACAUCGGCAUGUUCACCGUCUCUCUGUUUGUCUCCAUCAUCUACCUGCUGGGCCUGCCGCUCUUCUUCGCCUUCCUGCUUCUCGACGCACACGCCUCCGACGCCCUCUCCUCCAACCUCUUCCGCCAGAGAUUCGGGUGGCUCACAGAGCAAUACAAGCGCGAGUUCUGGUGGUGGCAUCUGGUAACAAUGGUGCUGCGACUGGUUCAUGCGCUUGUGCUCGUGUUCCUGCAGCAAGACACUCGCGCGCAGAUCGUGAUAAUCCUCCUCCUACAAGCACUGCGGAUCGGCUCACAGUACAAGUCGUCCCCCCUCGCCUCGCUCUCCCUCGAUUACCUCCAGGCCUUCCUCUCCCUGGGUCACUUCUUUUUCACGCUCGGCCUGCUCUGCUUCAACUACAUCAAACCAGGCCGUCUUUGUCCUCCUUUCCCGACCCCCUUCCCCCUCUUCAACACCGUCCUUUCCCCUGCCUCCCUUCCUUCUAUUGACCCUCCCCACCCCCGCCGCCAGAUCGUGAUAAUCCUACUGCUCCAAGCACUGAGAAUCGGCUCACAGUACAAGUCGUCCCCCCUCGCCUCGCUCUCCCUCGAUUAUCUCCAGGCCUUCCUCUCCCUGGGCCACUUUUUCUUCACGCUCGGCCUGCUCUGCUUCAACUACAUCAAACUCCCCGCCUUCUCCCAGGCCGUCUUCGCCCUCUCCACCCUCCUCAUCCUCGCUCCCGCCGCCUUCUCCCUCGUCUUCGAAGCAAUCAACAAAGACCUCGAAAUUGUGAAUAGGCAGCUGUUGAGCCGAGUCUGGAAGGGCGAGCGGAGGAGAAACAAAGCUAAGUAUGAUAAAAUGGAUCCGUAUGACUUAGUCCCGCCGCAGGAGAUUUCCGCAUGGUUCCGCCCUCACGUCGUCUUCCCACUGCUCUUAGCUAAGCGCGCGCACGAGCGGAAACUUUUACUUAAAGUGCGCGACCGUGUGCAGACGUGUAAGCUGGCGGGAAUGGCGCCGGUCGAUUGGGUGAGUCAUCUGAACAAGCCGCAGUUAUACGCUGUGUUGAGUCAGGCUUUACUGGGGGCUAGUGCGGGGCAUAUCACGAUUGCUAGGAGGCAUGUGAGCUGGGCGUCAUAUGAUAGCAGCAGCAGGGACUUCGACGGCAGCGCCUCUGGCCGAAACGCCGCUGCUGCUGCUGCCGCCGCCGCCGCCGCCGCCGCCGCUGCUGGUGGUGGUGCCGGCGUGUCACCCAACAUGUCUCCCUUUGGACCAGCGUCCGGAGGCUUUUCUGGUGGCGGUGGCCUUGCUAUGUCUCCUCUCUCUGGCAUGUCGCCCAUACAUGGCAUGUCACCGCUGUCGGGAGGGAACACUGCUCUGCCUCCCAGUGCUGGUGGUGCUGGUGGUGCUGCUGCUGGUGCUGCUGGUGCUGGUGCUGCUGGUGGGUCCCCCAUACACGGGGUGUCUUCAUCGCCCUCGCUGGCGUUGCAUGGCAUGUCCCCGCUCGCACCAGCAGCAGCAGGAGCAGGAGGGUCAGGGGCAGGAGGGCCUAGCAUGUCGCCGCUUGCGCCAGCGGCAGCAGGAGGUCCGGGUGCGUCCCCUCUGUCUCGUGUGUCGGGUCCUGGAUUGGACGUGGAGGGAGGAGGAGGGGAGUCCCCCCUCUCAUGGGCGCUGCAAGCGUGCGGUGCUUCUACCGCCAUCCCCAGCGCUCCUCCCCUUACCCCACCCGCACACCCUCUGCAUCCUUUCUCCCAUUGCAGCGCCCAGGCGGAUCAGAUGCUGCUGAGGGAGAUGGUGCUUGAGGUGCGUCCACAAGCCCCUCACCUCCCGCAUUCCCCUCUAUGCACCCCCAUCUCCCCUUGCUCCUCUACCCCCUGCAGCGCGCAGGCGGAUCAGAUGCUGCUGAGGGAAGAUGGUGCUGGAGGUGCGGGUGGCAGCAUUAGAAGAAACCGGAGGGCUGGAGUGGUUCCAUGGCGUGCGAGAGUUGGUGCUGGCGGUGCGAGUGGCAGCAUUGGAAGAGACCGGCUGGACUGGUUCCGCGGUGUGAGGUGCUUCUACCGCAACCCUAAACUCUCCUCUCUCCCUUUCCCUAUCCACGCAACCCACACCACCUCUUCUCCUCUGCAGCGCCCAGGCGGAUCAGAUGCUGCUGAGGGAGCUGGUGCUGGCGGUGCGGGUGGCAGCCUUAGAGGAGGCCGGAGGGCUGGACUGGACUGGUUCCGUGGCGUGUGGUGCAGAGAAGUGCUUGCGCUCAUCCCUCCCAUCUCCCUCCCUCCUCUGUUUCCCCUUGUCGUAUGCAGCACCCAGGCAGAUCAGAUGCUUCUAAGGGAGCUGGUGCUGGCGGUGCAGGUCGCAGCGUUAGAAGAAGCCGGAGGGCUGGACUGGUUCCGCGGUGUGCGUGCCCAGGCGGAUCAGAUGUUGCUGAGGGAGCUGGUUUUGGCAGUGUGGGUGGCAGCCUUAGAAGAAGCCGGAGGGCUGGACUGGUUCCGCGGUGUGCGGUGCUUCUACCCACCACUCAUCCCUCAUCUCCCCCUUUUUUCCCAUUGCAGCGCCCAAGCGGAUCAGAUGUUGCUGAGGGAGCUGGUUUUGGCAGUGCGGGUGGCAGCGUUAGAAGAAGCCGGAGGGCUGGACUGGUUCCGUGGCGUGCGGUGCUUCUACCGCAACCGAUUCGCAUUUCUCAACAAGGGGGGGAGCAAGGGGAAGGGGGGGAAGGGCGGGGGAAAAGGCAAGGGAUUGGAGGGUGGAACGGGUGGAGGGGAGAAUGGUCGGGCUGGUGAGGGAAGCAGCCAGGGUAGGGGCCUUCUGGGUUGGUUUCAACGAGGCGAGAAGCAGACAGCUGCUGGUGGUGCUGCUGAUGGUGCUGAUGCUGAUGCUGCUCCUUCCUCCGGUGGCUAUGGCAGCAAGGGGAACCUGCUUUGA